UUACAGACAAAAGGCGAUAUCCUUAGAAGAAAAUGAUUGCCAGACUCCAUCCUCAUCUGUAUUCAUCUUUCUCUCUCACUUAGGGCAACAGAAAUUAUCUCAUUUUGUCGAUUACUCUCCCGAAUGUGACUCAAAUUUCAAUUUGCUGCUGCCUUGACCCCCACUUUAAUUCUCCACAACUCCCCUCUCACUUUCUUCUUCCCUUUUCCUUCAUCUCUAAGCUACCUCCUCUUUUUUCUACUCUUUCAACACUUGUCACUAUCUGAUUCUUGGCUAUGGUCCUAUGGACUUUCACUGACAAACAUUCGUCAACGGCUACUCCUCUCAACUUCACGUGAUCUUCCUCCAAAUCUAAUUGAAAUGGCGUUAAAGCGUGGAUUAUCGAGUACCGGUGUAGCUAGGAGCAGAGGCGGUAGUGCUGGAUCUCGACUCCCCAUCGCUCUUCUAGUUUUCUUCUGUGUUCUCACUCCCUUGAUUUUCUUUGUCGGUCGUGGACUACAUACUGGCGCUUCCGGUGAUAGAAAUUAUACUCAUACUGGGCUGAGCAAGCAGAAUCUAGAUUGGAGAGAGAGGUUAGCUUUGCAGUUUGUUAAACCCCUUUUCUCAAAAGAGGUCCUUGAUAUCAUAACUGUCAGCACUGCCAAUUUGGGACCUUUAAGUCUUGAUUCUUUUAGAAAAACAAAUUUAUCUGCGUCAUGGAAAGUUGUUGGAGUAGAGCCUUCAUUUGAGAGUAAUAUUGCCUCACAGCCAAACCAAACAGUUCCAGAUGUCAAACAAGGAACCUCGAAAGAAAAAGAAAAUAAUUCAUUGCAAGAUGAUGGUCGUCAAUUCACUGAUACACCUGCGAAGAUAUUCCGAAGGCAAUUAAGAGAUAAAAAACGUGAAAAACGAGCGGCUGAGUUGGUGCAACAAGAUGAUGAGGCGGUUGUAAAACUUGAAAAUGCAGCGAUUGAGCGCUCUAAAUCAGUGGACUCUGCAGUCCUGGGCAAGUAUAAUAUAUGGAGAAAGGAAAAUGAGAAUGAAAACUCUGAUUCAACAGUGCGCUUGAUAAGGGAUCAAAUCAUAAUGGCAAAGGUUUAUUUGAGCAUUGCAAAGCUAAAGGACAAGCCGGAAUUGCUUCAAGAACUACAGACUCGACUAAAAGAAAGUCAGCGUGCUGUAGGAGAGGCAACUGCGGAUGCUGAUCUACAUCAUAGUGCCCCUGAAAAGAUCAAAGCUAUGGGCCAAGUUCUGUCUAAAGCAAGGGCGCAAUUGUAUGACUGCAAAUUGGUUACCGGGAAACUGAGGGCAAUGCUUCAGACAGCAGAUGAACAAGUUAGAAGCUUGAAAAAGCAGAGCACUUUCCUGUCUCAGUUAGCUGCCAAAACAAUUCCUAAUGCUAUCCAUUGCUUGUCUAUGCGUUUGACCAUAGAUUACUAUCUCCUCCCUCCAGAAAAGAGAAAGUUCCCUAGAAGUGAGAAUUUGGAAAAUCCUAAUCUCCAUCAUUAUGCCUUGUUCUCUGAUAAUGUAUUGGCUGCAUCGGUUGUUGUCAAUUCAACCAUCACCAAUGCCAAGGAUCCUUCAAAGCAUGUUUUCCAUCUUGUGACCGAUAGACUUAACUUUGGUGCGAUGAACAUGUGGUUUCUCUUGAAUCCGCCUGGAAAGGCCACCAUCCAUGUGGAAAAUGUGGAUGAAUUUAAGUGGCUCAACUCAUCUUACUGCCCUGUUCUACGGCAACUCGAGUCUGUAGCAAUGAAAGAGUAUUAUUUUAAGGCAGAUCACCCAACCACUCUUUCAUCUGGCUCUUCAAAUCUGAAGUAUCGGAACCCAAAGUAUCUCUCUAUGCUUAACCACUUAAGGUUCUACCUGCCACAGGUAUAUCCUAAGUUGGAUAAAAUCCUGUUUCUUGAUGAUGACAUUGUUGUUCAGAAAGAUUUAACUCCAUUAUGGUCAUUGGAUCUCCAUGGAAAAGUAAACGGUGCAGUGGAAACCUGUGGUGAAAGCUUUCAUCGUUUUGACAAGUAUCUAAACUUUUCAAAUCCUCAUAUUUCAAGAAAUUUUGAUCCAAAUGCUUGUGGAUGGGCAUAUGGAAUGAAUAUUUUUGAUCUGAAGGAGUGGAAAAAGAAGGAUAUCACUGGCAUAUAUCACAAGUGGCAAAACAUGAAUGAAGACAGAGUGCUCUGGAAGCUCGGAACACUGCCUCCAGGACUUAUUACUUUCUAUCGGUUAACGCACCCGCUUGAAAAGUCUUGGCAUGUACUUGGGUUGGGUUAUAAUCCAAGCAUUGAUAAGAAGGAUAUUGAAAAUGCAGCAGUCAUCCAUUAUAAUGGCAAUAUGAAACCAUGGCUAGAAUUGGCAAUGACAAAAUACCGGCCUUACUGGACAAAGUACAUAAAGUAUGACCAUCCUUAUCUCCGUAGCUGCAACUUAAGUGAAUGAAUGAGAUAAUAAAACUUUUAAGGUACAGUCAAAAGCUCUCUGUCUCUCUCUCUCUCUCUCUCUCCAGUGUGUGUGUGUGUGUGCGCGCUCGAGGAAGUGAUGUAUCUUAGCUUUCUCCGCUGCACUUCCAUCUCUGUAUCCCACAUUGCUUAUUAUUCUUUCUAAUUCGUUAAAUUCGUUCUUUUGGUAACAACCCAUUGGGACAUGAUAGCAAAUCUGUAAUAGUAAACUUCUGAAAAACAUCAAAUGAUUUCUUUUUUAAGUCUGAGGAGACAGAAGGACAAAGUAUGUGAAUACCUCUUCACCUGACAGUUACUCAUUUGAUUUGAAGAAAUUCUGCUGUUAACUGGUGUUACUAUAUUAUGACUA